AUGGCCUUUUCAAAUCAGACACCAACAAUUGUUGUCUUGAAAGAAGGAACUGAUACUUCGCAAGGAAAAGGACAGAUUAUUACCAACAUAAAUGCAUGUUUAGCUAUACAAGAUACAUUACGUCCAACUUUGGGUCCGUUUGGAUCUGAUAUCCUUAUAGUAUCCUCAAAUGGUAAAACCACAAUUUCAAAUGAUGGUGCCACGAUCUUGAAAUUGUUGGAUAUCGUCCACCCAGCUGCACAAAUGUUGGUUGAUAUUUCUCGAUCUCAAGAUGCUGAAGUUGGAGAUGGAACUACUUCGGUGACUAUAUUAGCCGGAGAGUUAUUAAAAGAAGCCAAGGGUUUCAUUGAAGAUGGAUUGAGCUCGUAUUUGAUCACAAAGGCAUACAGGAAAGCUUGUGAAUUGUGUGUUGAAAAGAUUAAAGAGAUUGCUGUUGAUGUUAAAAACGAAAAUGAGCAAGAAUUUAGAGAAUCGUUGGAAAAAUGUGCUACUACAGCAAUGUCAUCGAAAUUGAUUAGUAGUAAUUCAGAAUUUUUUACCAAAAUGGUGGUUGAUGCUGUUUUAAGUCUUGAUCAAAAUGAUUUGGAUGAAAAGUUGAUUGGAAUUAAAAAAGUACCUGGUGGAGCAUUAGAAGAGAGUAUGUUUAUUGACGGUGUUGCUUUCAAAAAGACAUUUUCAUACGCUGGAUUUGAACAACAACCUAAGCUGUUUGUUAACCCCAAGAUAGUAGCCUUGAAUGUAGAAUUGGAAUUAAAGGCCGAAAAAGAUAAUGCUGAAGUAAGAAUUGAUCAAGUAAAAGACUAUCAAGCAAUCGUUGAUGCGGAAUGGCAAAUUAUUUUGAAUAAAUUGGAGGCCAUUGUUGCUUCUGGGGCAAACAUUGUAUUAUCUAAAUUACCUAUUGGAGACUUGGCUACACAAUAUUUCGCUGAUAGAGAUAUAUUCUGUGCUGGUCGUGUAAGCAGUGAAGAUAUGGACAGAGUCAUUCAAGCAGUUGGAGGACACGUGCAAAGCACAUGUUCCAAAAUUGAACCCCUGGAUUUAGGAACUUGUGAAAAAUUUGAAGAAGUACAAAUUGGUGGUGAAAGAUACAAUAUAUUCAAAGGAUGUCCACAAGCCAAGACAUGUACUUUGAUAUUGCGUGGUGGUGCUGAACAAGUUAUAGCAGAAGUUGAAAGAUCGUUGCACGAUGCCAUCAUGAUUGUCAAGCGUGCCAUAAGCCAUCAUCAAAUUGUUGCUGGUGGUGGUGCCAUUGAGAUGGAAUUAUCAAAAUACUUGCGUGAUUACUCACGAACUAUUGCUGGAAAACAGCAAUUGAUUAUUGGUGCAUUUGCCAAGGCUCUUGAAGUUAUACCUCGUCAAUUGUGUGAAAAUGCUGGAUUGGAUGCUAUUGAACUAUUGAAUAAAUUAAGAAGUGCACAUGCAAAAGGUGAUGUUUGGUAUGGAAUUGAUUUCCAAUUGGAAAAUAUUGGUAAUAAUUUGAAGAGUUUUAUAUGGGAACCAGCAUUGGUUAAAAUUAAUGCUAUUGAAUCAGCAACAGAAGCAGCUACUUUGUUACUAAGUAUUGAUGAAACUAUUACCAAUGAUCAACAAGGAGAGCAAGGAGGUGCCCCACAAGGUAGAGGAAGAGGUGCUUUCUAG